GGCUGCUGGAGGAGAGCGGGCACAGCGAGGAGAAGCUGCUGCUGGAGCCAAGAGCACCAUGAUCAAAUCAACUAAAUCACAAACACCAUGACUGCUCAACAUGGGCUCUGCUUCUGUGCGAGCAAGGAGUGUUAACUCAUUCGUGAUUCUCAUCCUUAUUGCGCACUGGACACAACGUGUAGUACUUCUAAAGGCCUCCCCCCGUUGCCUGUCCAAACCCUGCCAGAACGGUGCUGAGUGCCGGGAUGACCACUCCACAUUUCUGUGCCAGUGCCUGUCAUCAGCUGCAACGCUGUCCGAUAGGAGCUGUGCCUCCAAUGCCCUCUGCGACCCCCCUGUCUGUCUGAGUAAUGCUACCUGCCAGUCCACUGGUGGCCAGCCUGGGGAGUUAGCCUGCAGCUGCUGGCCAGGCCUGUCUGACCAGGCCUGUAGGUCCAGUGCACAGCUGUGUGCCCGUACACUGUGUGGAGAGAGCCCCCGCUGCCUAGCUGUGGCCCACAAGGACCCAGGCUAUGUCUGCCUGUGCCGAUCAGGCUAUACUGGCCCCCAGUGCCAGAGAGAGACAGAUCAGUGCAUGCCAAACCCCUGCCGUAACCGCGCCCUCUGCCGGACUGGCCCACACGGCCCCUCCUGCUUCUGCGUGCCAGGCUUUCAGGGUGAGCGCUGCGAGAUUGAGGUGAACGAGUGCAUCUCGCAGCCCUGCAUGAACGGAGCAACCUGCCUGGACAAGAUUGGACACUACGUCUGCAUCUGCAGACCAGGAUACACAGGUUCUAGCUGUGAGGUGCAGAUUGAUGAGUGUCAGUCCCAGCCAUGUCUUCAUGGCGGUAGCUGCCACGACUAUAUUAACAGCUUCUCAUGCACCUGUCCGGCUGGUUUCCAGGGAAGCAGCUGUGAGAUCAACAUUGAUGACUGCACAGAACACCUAUGCCAGAACGGAGCUUUGUGCAUUGACGGAAUCAAUAGCUACAGCUGUGAUUGCUCCCAGAGUGGUUUCACUGGGAUGUACUGUGAGGUGCCUCUUCCACCAUGUUGGGAUCAGCCCUGCCUCAACGGCGCCCUCUGUCAGGAAGAGGGUAGGAACUACACCUGCAAAUGUUGGCCUGGCUUUGAGGGCCGUCACUGUGAGUUGGAUGUGAAUGAAUGUGGCAGCAGUCCCUGUUUGAACGGAGCUGCCUGCAUCGAGCGUUCCUGGGAGAAACACUAUGGGACAGGGAACCUGCUGCCUGACCAUUAUGACCACAGGAACGCUGCUGGAUAUGUAUGCAGAUGCCCGCAAGGAUUCACAGGUGCCUUGUGUGAAGAGGACAUUGACGAUUGUGCUUCUGCUCCGUGUCAUAAUGGAGGCUUGUGCAAGGACACUCUUGGCAGCUACGUCUGCAUCUGCCCACUAGAGAGCAAAGAUGGCAUCGUGUAUGGAGGUCAGAACUGCAGUGAGCCAUUGGUGGGCUGUGAAGGUCACGAGUGCCUGAAUGGGGCAGCCUGUUGGCCCUUCCUGAGCGAGGGCCUGCACGGCUAUAGGUGCUCCUGUCUGCCCGGCUACACUGGCUCACACUGCCAGACCAGCACUGCUUUCUCCUUUGAGUCCUUUGGGGGUUUCUUGAGCUUGCAGACUCCGCUUCUGGACUACUCCUCCAACAUCACCCUGAGCUUCCGGACAGUUCUGAGCAACUCUGUAAUUUUCCAGCGAGGUGCUGAAGGACCGAUACUCACCCUGGAACUGCUGCAUGGCCGUUUGCAGCUAAGCUUAAGAACAGACUCCCAAGGAGAAGGCCCUGGCUGGACCUUGAAGCUACCUCAGAAUGUGUCAGAUGGCGAGUGGCACACAGUGGAGGCCAUGCUAUCUGAAGGUACACUGCUCCUCCAGCUCCUGGAACCCUGCCAAAGUGAAUAUUGUGGGGCAGCAGCUCAGGUGGAGACUAGACCUUUGAUGCUAGAGUCAACCUUGCAGAGCACCUUGAUUGGAGGCCUGGCAGAUGGAGACUUUUCUGGUUCCUUUAUCGGCUGCAUGAGGGACCUGUAUGUGGACUCACAGCUGAUGGUGCCGGAGGACUGGCUAAGUUCUUCAGCUGUGAAUGUCACGCACGGCUGCGACCACCGUGACCGCUGCCUAGAUGUUCCAUGCGAAAAUCAAGGCAAGUGUAUUAAUCUGUGGCAAGGAUACCAGUGCAAGUGCCAGCGGCCGUAUAAAGGACACAACUGCGUUGACGAGUACAUCCCUGCCAGGUUUGGCCAGGAAGACUCAUUGAGCUAUGCUGUCUUCAGUGUUAGCGAUGAGCCUGAACCAGCUAUCAUCACCCUCUCCAUGUUCCUUCGUACACGUCAAGAGUCGGGCUUGCUUCUAGCGCUGACCAACAGUACCAGCCGGUAUCUUCAUGUGUGGCUGGAGCAAGGACGACUCAAAGCGCAGGUCGACAACUCCCCAAGCAUUGAGGGCAGGAACAGUGUUAGUGAUGGUGAUAUCCACUUUGUUAGCAUAGCUAUUGAGCAGGACCAGAUGAUCCUGCUGGAAUCUGACCUUGUGUCUGGGCCUUUGGCAGUCCGCCCUGUUCAUAUUCAUGCUGGGGACAAGGUUUAUGUGGCUGGCAUGGGCGACAUACAUGCGUUAACUGUGUUUGGUGGACACUUUAAAGGAUGUAUUCAGGACCUUCGUCUCAACGAUGAGCCGCUGCCGUUCUUCCCAUUGAGCACUCUUGUGAAGUCAUACAUGCCAGAGCGUCUUGUUAACGUAUCUGAAGGCUGCAUUGGGGAUGACUACUGUAUGAAAAACCCCUGUCAGAAUGGUGGUAUGUGUUUCUUAUUGUGGGAUGAUUUCACCUGCGCCUGUCCCCCCAGUACCUUCGGGCGGCACUGUGAGGAGGUUCACUGGUGUGAGCUUUCCCCCUGCCCUCCACAAGCAGAGUGCAGGCCCGUUAUCCAGGGCUAUGAAUGUAUUUCAAAUGCUACUUUUCAGAAUGACACCAUGCUAACGUAUCGAGGAAACGGGCUGAUCUCUCGCCAUCUCACCAACAUCUCCUUCAGUAUUCGCACUCGCAAACGCAAUGCAGCCAUACUCCACGCCCACAGCGGUUCUGGCUUUGUUAACUUGAUGGUACAGGACAGCCUGCUAGUGUUUGAGUUGUUUAGCUUACCUUCCUUUUCAUCCUCUUUUUCUUCCUCCUCCACCACUUCUUCCUCAUCUUCCAUAUCCACUUCUUCUCCCUCAACUUCCUUUUCUUCCACACUAAGCCUGCGCAGUGCUAGACCUAUAGCUGAUGGCAAGUGGCAUAGUGUGCAGCUCUUCAUGGUUGCACCUGUGGUUUACUCUUCUCAAUGGACCAUGCUUGUGUUGGACAAUGGGGAGGAACCCAUUAUGUCUGACUCUGAAGGCAGCAACCUGGACUUCCUCCGAGAGGGUGUGGACAUCAAUGUAGGGGGACUGGGCACCAAGCCAGGCUGGAACCUGAUUGGUUGCUUGAGUAGCAUAGAGAUCGGUGGAAUAGUGUUGCCGUAUUAUGGUCCAGCCAAUGUCAGGCUGCCCCAGACCCAGAAGGAGCAGUUCCAGAAAACAUCCACAGCUUCAGUUAUCAGUGAGUGCAUGGGUGGGCCAGUGUGUGAACCCAACCCAUGCCUCAAUGGUGGUGACUGUGAGGAUCUCUUCGACCUCUUCAACUGCACCUGCCCCUCCAACUGGGCGGGCCAGCACUGUGAAUUCAGCACCAAUGCUUGUGCCUCCAACCCCUGUCACCAUGGAAACUGUACCACUCAGGGCCUGCAGUACGAGUGCACCUGCGAGUUUGGCUACACUGGCACGAACUGUGCAGUGGAGCUGGACAUCUGUGCACAGCACCAGUGCGCAAACGGGGGCACCUGCCUGCGCGGCAUUGGUAACUACGCCUGCCUCUGUGCUGAAAACUACACUGGGCCAUACUGCACCGACCAAGUUGAAGAGAUUCCUUGGUACAUAGUUGUCAAGAACAUAGGCCCCAAGCUCCCAGUGUCCAUCUGUGGGGACGAGAAACGGAACUACACGUGCUUUAAUGGGGGUAACUGCUCUGAGACAGCCUUUACAUGUGACUGCCUGCCCGGCUUCACCGGUCACCGGUGUGAACAGGAGCUGGACGAGUGCAAGUCCAACCCGUGCUUGAACGGCGGCUACUGCCGCAACCUGUUCAACAAGUUCCAAUGCGUGUGCGAGCUGAGCUAUGCAGGAGAGACCUGUCAGAUCGAUCUGAAUGCGGAGAGUGUGUCGUCUGAUCUGCUGCUGUCUGUGACGUUGGUUUCGGUGGUGCUGUUUCUGGCUCUGCUGGCUGCAGCCACUGCUCUUGUGGUGGCCCUGAACCGACGGGCUACCCAUGGCACCUACAGCCCGAGCCGUCAGGAGAAAGAAGGGUCCCGCGUGGAGAUGUGGAACAUCGUUCAGCCGCCACCUGCGGAGAGACUCAUUUGAGCUUGAAGUCAUCUUUAAAAACUCACAGGGUCUGAGGUGUCACAGUGACUGUGAUUCAACUGCCAAAUGAAACAAACUUAAUUUGAGCUGGAUUGGUUUCAUCUCAGGAGGUAGAUCUGGCUGGGUGAUAAAGUAUGUGUCAUUUUCCCAGAUUACACAGAUACUUAGGCAAAACAGCACGAGAGGGAGUGUGCAAUCACGAAAUGACACCACGGCUGUGAUCUGGUCGCAGGAACGAGCGGAAGGCGUGAUGUUAUUCGCGUUGACACACAACCUCGAGUGUUCUAUUGCCUUUAUACAAAGGUUAAAUAAAGUAAGAAAUAAAAAAUACUGAACAUUAAAUGAACGAGGCAUUUAAUGUGUUUUAAUGUUCGCAAUUCCUUCCACCAAAUUCUAGUUCCUUAACCAGCAGCUUUACUACAUGAGAGUAAUGAGCUCCACCCAGCCAGCAGUUCUCCCUCUUUGCUUUCUUCCAGCCAGUCUGUAAAGCAUCUUACAGCCCAUGUUGUUUGGUGAACAGUAUUGGAUUAAUUCCUGGCUGAUUCCAGGUUGUUUAGCUGUUCUUCUGUCACAGCUGCUGACUGAAAAGCUGCUCAGUGGUGAUGACAGUUUGGGAAUUUAGCGUCGUCUCAUUUUCAGAGUCUGACCAAACUGGCUGUCAGUCAAAGUCGUUGCUUAGCAAUGGCAUCUUGGCAGAGUGAUAUGGUGUUUGUGAAAAACCUGUGAGGUUAUGGCGAAAUAACAACACCGUUAGAACGCUUCUCAACCAAUCAGCUUGCGUGGCUGGAACUUACUGUUGUAUAAACAGAUAUAUAGCCUGGAUCUACACAUCAGUGUCAUUUCAGAACCUUUAGGGGCUGUAAGCAAGAACCCUCUGUGAGCCCCCCACCAAACAUCCUCCACCUGUUUUGUCAAUGCACAGUGAGAUUAGAUGUCACACAUGCUUCCAUCAUUAGCUGCCUAAAUAAGUUGUUUAUAGCUGUAGCGUGUUAGAUAGCCAAGUGGACACCACUGGCAUGGGUCAAAGGUUCACUAUUCCCAUCCAAAGAGUAACACCAAUACUCUACCAAUUAGAGCCCUUGAGCUAGACUCCUAACACUGUAUUCACCUACCACUGGAUAAGAGUACCUGUUAAAUAAUGAAAUGUCUUUGAAGCCAAGUAGUUUGCAGCAAUUUUGACUGAAGAUGACUUAACAUUUAACCUGCUUUUAUCAUUUUAACUUCUUCAUUCUGAGCAAUACAAUGAGACGAUCAUUGUUACUGUAAUAAUAUACUCUUUUUACACUAGAGCCUCAUCAUUGCAUUGUUAUUAACCUUAUGGUCAGGAUAAGAACUGAUUUUAAAUCUGGGUGAUAUUACCUUGAUAGUCCUAAAGAGAUUUUCUUCAGAAAGUUUUGUUAUAGACUGUUGGAAAAAGAUAACAAUAAUUAUUAAUUAUUAAUAAAAUGACAAAUUAUGUUUAUAGGCUAUUAAUAGUGUAGGACCUCUAUCAACAUUAAUGUUUGAUCUGCAUGCUUAAAAAAGAUGGCUCUUCAAGGGUUCUUUAGAAAAGAAAAUGGUUCUAUACAGAACCUGCAUGAUUAACGGAAUCUUUGCAUCAUGAAAGGGCAGAAUGUGCAUCGAUGUGCUAUAGAGUGUUCUAUAUGCAACCUUUUUGAAAAGGGUUCUUCUGUUAUAAGCUUGACACCAUAACAAUAGAAGAAUCCUUUUGGGUGCUAUAUAGAACCCUUUUCAUCAAUCUGAAGAACCCUUUUAUGAUACAAAGAAUCCUUUAACACAGGGGUUCUUUGAGUGUUCAAUUUACAACCAUUUUAUUUACUAAAGACCCCCUGAAGAGCCAUUUUCACUAAUGAACUUCAGACAACAUUCUCAGUUUGAAGUUUGUUGCUCUUUCACUGAAAGCCCAAAAUAAUUGAUUAGUUUUGAUUAGCAUGUCAUUUAGCUUCUCGCGCCACCUUUACAGUGUUUCACUCAUAAUCGUAAAAUGCUGCAUUACUGCUAUUCCAUUAGUGUGGGGUCAUUUUGAAAAUGACUAUUAAUGAGGGAGCUCUGGAUUCAGCAUAUGGUCACUCUUUUGAUUUUCCACUGUCAGACCACUGUCAAUUCCUUGGUUAGUAUUCACUUAAAUGUACCUCCCUGAGUAAAACUAAUCCAACUCAAGUAGGGUUUUAGAUUCAAGUAGUGCUAAGCAUUGGCUCUAUAUCAGCUAUAGAAGUAGAUUGUGAAAUUGUGGAAUGGUAGACCUUGAGGAAGCUUUGAAAAGGAUGUUCAGAUGUAGAUGACAAAGUUUCCUUAAAUGUAGAUUAGACAAUCUCAGUGUAACACUGUAAUGCUGUAAUUUCUGUUUUUUUUUUUAUUUAAAAUUUUUUUUUUAGUUGUUUGGGGAAU